GUUGGGUAGUUUUCCAAACAGGGAAUCAGGUGAGCUCCUUGGCGUCUGUUCACCCGUGAGUGAUGGGAAUAGCAACAAGGAGAAUAGUCCGAGCACCCCGCGAAGGCUCCCACGGCCAUCUCAGUACCCCGGGUUGUUCACUCACCACAGCAGUGCCCAGAUCCCUGAUACAAUGGAGUGGGUGAAGGAGACGAGUAGGUUGUGCCAACGCCAGGUGCGCAGGGGAUCGAUGCGCACGUGAGCAGGCAGAGGCAGGCGACAGAGCGCGCGCCGGAGUGCCCGGAAGGCCGACUCCUCCGCCAGUUCUGGGAACACUACUCCGUCUUUGGCCAGCGCGCCACGAUCGCCUCUACCGCGGGCCGCCAGACCCACAGUUUCGCGGAGCCCUCAAGGCCCCUUCGCUCCUCCCCGCGCUCCCGGCGAGGCCUCUGCCCGCCCCUGCCGCCCCCGCCCCGCCCCGCCGCCUGCUCCCGCCCCUCGGGCGCCUCUGCCGCGAGAAGGGCGCGAGCCCCGUGUCCCCCGGGGCCCCGCCCGGAUCCCGCCGACUUGGAGCACGUAGGAGUUGUCCCCGCCAUCGUCGCCGAGGCACCCCUCUCUGGCGCCUCCCGACAGCCGAAGGAGUCCUCGGCUCCCCUCGGCAGAGCUGGGCGGGACCAUCACACUCCAGGGUCGGCGAAAUCCUGGUCCUGGCGGGUAGGGAGCGCCGUCUCGGACCACGGAUCCGCCCAGACGCGAUUCCUCUCCAGGACCUAGACCGACGUGUUUACCUGCCUCUCCCGCACCCCGAACGAAUGGAGGCUCGAAAAGCGCACCGGUGACUGGGCCCCCUUAUGGCAGAGUUUCGUGCGGCGUUCUGAAAAGCCAAGAGCGCCGUGCUUUGUAGUUAGGACAACCCGGAGACCACGUCACGUACUCUCCAGGCGCCCGGGUCCCGUCGGCUCCGCCCUGCAAAAGUCUUACAGCUGGAAGGCGGAGCUCCGGGAUGGGCGGGUCCGCGCACGCGCCGCACGCGAAUUCCAGCAGCGUAUCUGAGACAUGAGAUGGAGAAGUACGAGCGGAUUCGAGUGGUGGGAAGAGGUGCCUUCGGGAUAGUGCACCUGUGCCUCCGCAAGGCUGACCAGAAGCUGGUGAUCAUCAAGCAGAUCCCAGUCGAGCAGAUGACCAAGGAGGAACGGCAGGCAGCCCAGAACGAGUGCCAGGUCCUCAAGCUGCUCAACCACCCCAACGUCAUCGAGUACUAUGAGAACUUCCUUGAGGACAAGGCCCUUAUGAUUGCCAUGGAAUAUGCACCAGGUGGCACCCUGGCCGAGUUCAUCCAGAAGCGCUGCAAUUCCCUGCUAGAGGAGGAGACCAUCCUUCACUUCUUCGUGCAGAUCCUGCUUGCGCUGCAUCACGUGCACACGCACCUCAUCCUGCAUCGGGACCUCAAGACCCAGAACAUCCUUCUUGACAAACACCGCAUGGCCGUCAAGAUCGGUGACUUUGGCAUCUCCAAGAUCCUCAGCAGCAAGAGCAAGGCCUACACGGUGGUGGGUACUCCAUGCUACAUCUCCCCGGAGCUGUGUGAGGGCAAGCCCUACAACCAGAAGAGUGAUAUCUGGGCUCUGGGCUGUGUCUUAUAUGAGCUGGCCAGCCUCAAGAGAGCCUUCGAGGCUGCGAACUUGCCAGCCCUGGUACUGAAGAUCAUGAGCGGCACCUUUGCACCCAUCUCUGACCGGUACAGCCCUGAGCUGCGCCAGCUCGUCCUGAGUCUGCUCAGUCUGGAGCCUGCACGGCGGCCACCCCUCAGUCACAUCAUGGCGCAACCCCUCUGCAUCCGGGCCCUCCUCAACCUCCACACCGAUGUGGGCAGCGUCCGCAUGCGGAGGGCAGAGAAGUCCCUGACCCCAGGACCAUCCAUGGCCCCAGGGAGCCGGGCCACCAGUGCCCGAUGCAGGGGUGUUCCUCGGGGACCCGUGAGACCGGCCAUCCCACUGCCACUGUCUUCCGUGUACGCGUGGGGUGGUGGCCUCAAUGUUCCCCUGAGGCUCCCGAUGCUCAACACUGAGGUGGUCCAGGUUUCUGCCGGGCGCACGCAGAAGGCUGGCGUCACACGCUCCGGGCGCCUCAUUCUGUGGGAGGCCCCGCCCCUAGGCACAGGAGGAGGCACGCUGCUCCCAGGGGCAGUGGAACAGCCUCAGCCCCCGUUCGUCUCCCGUUUCCUGGAGGGCCAGUCGGGUGUGACCAUCAAGCAUGUGGCCUGCGGGGACCUGUUCACGGCUUGCCUGACUGACCGAGGCAUCAUCAUGACCUUUGGCAGCGGCAGUAACGGGUGUUUAGGCCAUGGCAACCUCACUGACAUCAGCCAGCCCACUAUUGUGGAAGCCCUGCUGGGCUAUGAGAUGAUACAGGUGGCCUGUGGGGCCUCUCAUGUGCUGGCCCUGUCUACAGAUGGAGAACUAUUUGCCUGGGGCCGAGGAGAUGGUGGGAGGCUGGGACUCGGCACAAGGGAGUCCCAUAGCUGCCCCCAGCAGGUGCCUGUGCCUCUAGGGCUCGAAGCUCAGAGAGUUGUUUGUGGUAUCGACUCUUCCAUGAUCCUCACCUCCCCUGGCAGGGUCCUGGCCUGUGGAAGUAACAGGUUCAACAAGCUAGGCUUGGACCACAUAUCCCUGGAGGAGGAGCCUGUUCCCCACCAGCAAGUGGAGGAGGCCCUUAGCUUCACACCACUGGGUUCUGCACCUCUGGCCCAGGAGCCUCUGCUGUGUGUGGACCUGGGCACGGCUCAUUCAGCUGCUGUGACUGCCUCUGGUGACUGCUAUACUUUUGGCAGCAAUCAGCAUGGGCAAUUGGGCACCAGUUCUCGCCGGGUCAGCAGGGCGCCCUGUCGGGUCCAAGGCCUAGAGGGCAUCAAGAUGGUGACAGUGGCCUGUGGGGAUGCCUUCACUGUAGCCAUCGGGGCAGAGGGGGAAGUUUAUUCUUGGGGCAAAGGAGCCCGAGGUCGACUGGGAAGGAGGGAUGAGGAUGCCGGACUCCCUAGGCCAGUGCAGCUGGAUGAGACUCAUCCUUAUGUGGUGACUUCAGUGUCCUGCUGCCAUGGGAACACUCUCUUGGCUGUUCGAUCAGUCACUGAUGAGCCAGUUCCCCCCUGAGGCAACAGGAUCAUCCGAGAGACCACCUCUGAGUGUCCUGAAAACUGCAGGUGCCUGGGAAGACUGUUUCCAGCUCCUGGAUUGUGUCAUCAGUAAGGUGGAAAGGCCACUGGAGGCCACUCUGUUCCCCCCAAGCCCCCGCCCCCAAACUCCUUAUCUUACUCAAGUGUCUCCAGGCUCCAGUCUGGCAGGAACGAACAGCAGGCUGGUUUUCAAAGACGGCUAAAAAAGCACACACCCCCACCCCAAGCCCGGUUAGAAAUACAUCCCUGGCGGUGUCCUCGUGGAGACUGAUGCCAUGCUUUGCAGUAGGGCAAGCCAGGGCUUGUUUGGACUGGCCAUUAGGCCUGCAUGAUCUCUGCAUUGUUGCGGGAAUCCUAUCCCUACUGCAUAGCUUGAGGCUGAUAGGUCCGAGGGAGUCCCCUUUCAGUCUUUCCCGAGGCAGGGGUUUGCUCAACCUGAGUGGGUGCCCCCCACCUCCCAGGGCGGGGAGUACUGGAGCUACUGAGUGGUUGCCAAGGGAACCCUGCUGAAGGUUGCCCGUCACCCCAGGCCAUUUCCCAGACCUAAGACUGGGGAAAAAUGUAGCAGGCCAGACCCGACCAGUUUCUCAAAGGUUUGAAAAUAGCGCCAAUAAAAAUAUCAAAUGCC